AUGGGAAGAAUAACUUCGGAACCCCAGAAAGAAACCCUAACUGCAAUAACCCACUUUGGCCAUACACACCCGUUGAUCCACAUCACCACCGAUCAUCAACACAAAAUUACUCGAAAUAUAUCAUCUUAUUCUUCUUGUUCGGGGUGCAAUCUCAAUAUUUUCGGAACAAAUUUCUACGCAUGCACAGAAUGCAAAUUCUUCCUCCACAAGAAAUGCUUCGACAUGCCGAAGAAAAUCGAACACCCUUUCCACAAGGACCACGCUUUAAGCCUCGUGCCGGGGCCUGCCUACUCCACCGGCAACUUCAACUGCGACGCUUGCUUUGAAAAGGGCAAGGGCUUCUCCUACAACUGUGACCCUUGCGGUAUUGAUCUGAACAUACUCUGCGCAAUCAUGCCGUUGUGCGUCACAAAUGCCACCUGUCACCCGCACAAGCUCGACCUCACUUUUGGAUCCCCCUUCCUUACGAAACGCUUUAGCUGCAAUGUUUGCAAGAAACUCGGUGGGGACCACUGGCUUUAUCGGUGCGGGUUAUGUGGAUUUGAUGCCCAUCUCAAGUGCGUCAUGAGUUUUCAGUCCAAAGACUAUUUGGAGCCACGAGAGGUGGCAACGUUCUCUAAAUGGGCUCCUGCAACACCGCCUCCCGUUGUGGCCACGCUACCUCUUAUGGUGGCGCCACCGCCUUUAGUUGAGAAGGCGUCGCCACCUCCUAAUGUGGCGACGCCGCCUCCCAUUGUGGCGGUAGUGCCUCCCGUUGUGGCGGUGCCGCCUAAUCAGACUCAGAAGCUGUGGCCGCGUCCAAUGAUGGAAAGUGUGCCUUGUGUUUUACCGGUGGAGGUUUCUAGUGUGCCUUUUACUGGGUCCGGUAACAGACACAAUGAUGAUUUGGCACUUUUCGCCAUUCAACAAAUGAUUACCAACAAUAGUAAGGCCAUAGCUCAGGCAAUACUUUCAGCAGGUAAUUCUGGAGAUAUCAGGGGAUUUCAUCUGCUGAUUGAGUUGAUAUAUGCCAUUAGCAGCAACAGUGGCACUAGUGGUGGAGGCAGCCAAGACUCUUUGCACACAAUAAAGAACAAUGGUGGUGGCAGUGGCGAUGACGGUGGCGGCGGUGACGGCCAAGACUCUUUGAAGAUGGUAAUUGAUUGUGGUAGUGAUGGAGGUGGACCAGAUCGUGCUUUGCACAAAGUAAUUGAGGAUAGUGGUAGUGUUGGUGGCCAAAAAUCUCUACACGCGGUCAAUGGUACGGCGGUGGUGGUCAAGAAUCUUCGCAUGAGGUAA